AUUGAACCUGUUUGAUCAGUUGCUGACAGAAAUGAUCAAUAUAUCAAUACCAAAUCUUGUUUUGUCCGAACAUUCUGAAUUUUUAAUUUGUUUGUCCCGCGAAGUCCACACUUUACGCUCAAAGUAUACCUGAAGAACGAAGCGAAAUCAGUAGUCCACUUCCUAACAACGAAGAAACAGUUUGAACAAUUUAUCGUAGAAAUGGCAAGUUAUGAAAAAAAUGAUACAAACAUUACUGUUGAUAGAUAUGUUAGCCAAUUAUAUAAUCUUACUCAAGAAGACAGCAACUGGAUUGUCACGAGUUCUUUUAUGAUUUUUACAAUGCAAACAGGAUUUGGAAUGCUAGAAUCUGGUUGCGUCUCUUUGAAAAAUGAAGUGAAUAUUAUGAUGAAGAAUGUAGUCGAUAUAGUCCUCGGUGGUCUAACAUAUUGGAUUUUCGGAUUCGGAAUCAGUUUUGGUUUAGAUAAGCCUAACAAUCCUUUUAUUGGCGUGGGAGGUCUAUUCAUAGAUCCUCCUAUCGAGGAUGAAUACAUGGGUUCCAUCUGCGCAGCAUUUCUAUUUCAAUUAAGCUUUGCCACUACUUCCACGACUAUUGUUAGUGGUGCUAUGGCUGAACGAUGCAAUUUUAAAGCAUACUGUCUUUUCUCCUUUCUAAAUACUAUCGUAUACUGCGUGCCAGCAGGAUGGGUAUGGGGCGAUCAUGGCUUUCUGAAUAACAUGGGAGUUGUCGACAUUGCUGGCUCAGGGCCAGUACAUCUUGUUGGUGGUAUUUCAGCACUCGCUUGCGCUAUCAUGCUCGGUCCCAGAGUAGGUAGAUAUGACAACGGCAUCGAUCCUCUGCCGCUCGGAUGUCCUGUUAAUGCGAUUAUGGGAUUAUUCGUAUUAUGGUGGGGCUGGUUAGCGUUCAACAGUGGCAGUACAUACGGGGUAACCGGCGAACGAUGGCAGUAUGCAGCUCGAGCAGCCGUUUCUACGAUGAUGGGCAGUAUGGGUGGUGGUCUAAUUGGUUUAGGAUUCAGCUUGACUAAUCCGAAUGGAAUCGAUAUCCUCAGUCAGAUAAAUGGUAUCCUUGGUGCACUAGUGGCGAUUACUGGUGGAUGUUUCUUGUAUAAAGCCUGGGAAGCGAUAAUAGUUGGAAUGAUAGGUGCUUUUAUUACGUGUAUUGCAAUGCCAGUAUUUGAUAAAAUGCACAUAGAUGAUCCUGUUGGAGCUGCCGCCACUCACGGUGUAACUGGUAUCUGGGGAGUUAUCGCCAUUGGCUUAUUUGCUGAUAAUCCAUAUCCCCUGGAUACUACAAGUGGAAGGAAGGGUUUGUUCAAAGGAGGCGGCUGGUAUCUAUUAGGAAUACAAAGUUUAGCUGCGCUUUGUUUAUCAGCUUGGAGUUUUAGCACCUCUAUCAUACUGCUUUGGCUAAUAGACAAAAUAAUACCGAUUAGAAUGUCGGUUUAUGAAGAAGUUCUUGGAGCAGAUCUUGUAGAACAUAGAAUACGUCAUUCAAAGAUAGGUGUGAGUCGUGCCAUGUCGGCACUUCGACCAUUUACUAUGGAGCAGCAAUUAAAAAGUGUACCUCCAGUAGGCAUAAAUCCUGGUCAUGAUUCGUAUCUCAUUCAGCAUAAGAGCAAAAAAUUGGAGAAGAAUAUAAAGUCUGAAAAACAACAGCCGCAACCAAAAAAAUUGAUAACCAGCUCUCAAAUCAGAACAAUUGCAGACUCCGCAAUAUCUACGGAGCCAAAGCCGCACUUUGCUUGGGUGGAUUAAAAGAUAAAAGGAAAGAACUCGUACAACACAAAAUAUAUUGUGCUGACGCAUAAGGAUAUUUACAAUUUAUGCUUGUAUAUCAUGUAAUAUUCUUCUCGAUCUUCUAUUCCAAGUAAUAUUAAAUUGAUUUUUAAAACUUUAAUACUGAAUACAUAUGUAUGAAUAGAAGGAUUUGUAAGUAUUCUGGAAAUGUUAGACUAGAAUAUCACACCUUUUUCAGAUUUACAUGAUGUAUAAAUAAAAUUCCGCGUAUUUUUCAAAUUUUUUUCGUAUAAUAUUUCA